AUGACGGACAAAUGCCUAAAAUCCACCUGCCAUUGCGGCGCCAUCACCGUGAUCGUGCCUCAUCAUCCAGAGGAAAUCAACGAAUGUCAAUGUACAAUCUGUCGGCGCUAUGCAGCCGCUUGGGCGUACUUCAAAGUGAACGAAAUCAAAUUUGACAUGAAAAAAGGUGCCAAACUCUCUCAGUACAUUUGGGGCGAUGGAGAGAUCUCGUUCAAUUUCUGUGCGAAUUGCGGAUGCGUCUGCUAUUGGUGGCCAUUGGAAGAAAAGAAGCCAGACGGUGGUGCAGCUGACUUCGGCCUGAAUACGAGGAACAUGGAUCCUAUGGAAAUCUUGCACAUCAACCGCAAGAUUGACAACGCCUACCUAUUCCACCGACUCAACGACAAAACCAUGGCGCAUGAGCAGGAUCAGGCUAAGUACUGA